UGCAGAUAUCAACGCAAGGGAAUUACCCUCACGAAAGCUCACUAUGCUCUCCUAUCUCCCUGUCCUUGCCCUCCUAUGGGCCCCCACACUCGCAACAAUCCCUAGCUUGUCUGGCUACCACGUCGUCUGGUCCGAUGACUUCAAUGGCGACCAUUACGCUGGCGUCGACCACAGCAAAUGGGUGCAAAUCGCUAAAUCCAAUAACGCUAACGGAGAGGUGGAAACCUACACAUCGGGCACCGACAAUGUUCAUCUUUCGGGUGAUGGUCAGCUGUACAUCGUACCCACCAAGUCUGAUGGGAAAUGGUAUUCGGGCCGCCUCGAGAGCAACACUGCGCAGGUGUGCGACACUGGCGGAGCUAUGAUAUUUCAGUCCGAGCUUUGGGUUCCCGACUUUACCGGCAGCCCAGCCAAAUUUGCUGGUCUCUGGCCAGCCUUCUGGGCGAAAGGAAACAACUAUCGUAGCAGCGGGGUCCCAUGGCCAAAAUGUGGCGAGUGGGACAUUUUCGAGGUGACGGAUAAGAUGAGCAACCAGAACCAAGGAACGCUGCACUUCCAGGACGCAAACGGCAAUCACAAUGGGGCAUUCAACGGCAGGGUAACCUACCAGGGCGGACAGUACCAUACUUGGGCGUUCAAGGUGGAUCUCCGCAACUCCGACUGGACGAAGCAGAGUUUGAUAUGGUAUCUGGACGGUGUUCAAUUUUACUCUGUCACGGGUGCUAUGGUCGGGACGUACCAGCAGUGGGUACAACUAGCCCAAAGCACAUACUAUAUCAUUCUGAAUGUAGCCGUUGGUGGAGGAUAUCCAGGAAAUCCAACCGCGAGCACUGUCAGUGGGUAUGAUGCCUCUAUGAGGGUCAAGUACGUGGCUAUCUAUAAGACCAAUUAAAGGAUACGCCUUUAUAUUGAGAGUAAAUAGAGAAAUAUAGCUAUAGAGAGAGUGAUUCGAUGACUUGGGAGAUACAUGGAGACGUGCUAUUUGGGCUGGGUUCAGCUGUAUACCCUACACAUAAAAUACUUAGCUAUUCAAAGCCGCGUGUUGACGUUUGCAUAUUAAUGUCUCUUGGUUUCACAGUCAAAGAAUUCA